UCCCCAGGAAGCAUCGACAACAACGGCAACGGCAGCAUGUCGACGGGGUUCCGCCCAAGCUUCGCCGUCAUCAUAGGCGUCGUAGCCAUUAUGUUCUCCUUAACCUUUCUUCUCCUCAUCUACGCCAAGUACUGUCGCAGAACCCCCUCGUCCGAAUUUACCAUCGACGAUGUUGACCAACGCCGCUUUGGUUUUGGUUUUAGUCUUGGGGAACUCCGGGCAGCAAGCUCUCGGCGCUUCUCUGGAAUCGACAAGACGGUGAUUGAGUCACUCCCUUUCUUCCGCUUCUCUUCUUUGAAAGGAGCGAGAGAAGGCCUCGAGUGCGCUGUCUGCCUCUCCAAGUUCGAAGACACCGAGAUCCUGAGAUUGGUGCCUAAGUGCAAGCACGCCUUUCACAUCGACUGCGUCGAUCGAUGGCUCGAAAGCCACUCUAGCUGUCCCCUCUGUAGGCAUCAGGUCGACCCUUCUGACCUCACCAUCUUCACCUAUUCCAACAGUUUGAGAAUCUCUCGGAACCCUUCGGAUCUCACUGAUGACCCAAAUCUCGAGCUCUUUGUCCGUAGGGAGCAAAACAAUGAUAAUAAUCAAGUGGGUUCGUCGUCUUCAAGGUUCAGCAUCGGAGGUAGCUUUAGGAAGAUCGAAAUAGACAAGAAAGGGGAAGAACUGCCAAUCCAAGAAGAACAACACGUCAUCAUCGACGGCGAAGAUGCUGGCGAUGGUGAUGAUGAUGACCGUAAGUUGCUGCAUAAAUUCAAGCACAUGAUCAUCGUCUCCGACGUCGUCUGCAAGAACAGAUGGAGCGACGUCAACUCUUCUGAUCUCAUGUUGUUGAAUUCGGAGAUGCUGAGAGUGAUGUCGAGCAGGAGAUUCCAAUCUUCUGCUUCGAGCAACGAGCGAUUCACUCCUGCAACGGCAUCAUCCGAUAAUGGGUCUUCAUCUAACUCAACUGAUCAGAUAAUUUUGAAGAUUAAGGAGGAGAUGGAGAGGAAGAGGGUGUUCGAGAGUAAGCUCAAUAACUAUUCGUUUUCCAAUUCAAAAGUCCCUUCUACUCCUGUUUCGGAGUCGACAUCGGAAUUGAAUCGGAAUAAUCCGCGGGGUCCAUUGAUUCUAUCGGGGACAAGAUCCGUCUCAGAGACUAGCUUCUCUAGAUUUCCCGAUCACAUUGAGAAGAACAGAAGAAUUAAAGAGUCUUUCCAUCGUAGCGGAAAAGACGAGAGAAUAAGGAAGGUUUGGAUUCCAAUUGCUAGACGAACGGUUCAAUGGUUUGCAGGUCGAGAGCAAAGGUCGCAGCAGCAAUCUCAUUCUCAAUCUCAGCAGACAUCUAACGUAUAGAGAAGUUAGAAAUAAAAGAAAUGAUGUC